AUGGCGAACCGCACGGAUCCGACAGCGCAUCUCGUCCACGGAACGAAUCCGCAAUUCCUUUUCAGUAAAAUUAUGCGAGACAAAGUCUACAAUUGCAUGUAUUGGAAAGAGAGUUGUUUUGGACUGACAGCGGAAUCCAUUAUUGACAAGGCGAUAGAACUGCAAUACGUUGGCGGAACUUUCGGUGGAAACAGGCAGCCAUCUCCCUUCAUAUGUUUGGUGCUUAAACUUUUGCAAAUACAGCCUGAUCUUGAUAUUAUUGAGGAGUAUAUACGUAACACGGAAUUCAAGUAUCUCCGCGCCCUAGGCAUUUAUUAUAUGCGCCUAGUGGGCAGCUCGGUAAAAGUGUACGAGACCCUCGAGCCAAUAUACAGCGACUACCGUAAAUUGCGUUUCAGAUUAAACGAUGGAAGUUACGAGCUCAAGCACAUGGACGAAUUUGUGGACGACUGCCUCAGACUUUCCUCUUAUCUGGACGUUGAUUUACCGCCACUGCCUAAGCGAAUGGUGCUCGAAGAUGCAAAUUUGUUAGCGCCAAAGGUUUCAUUGAUCGAUGACAGCGACGAGGAUGACUUCGUUCCAGAGCUACCAGUCAUGGGCGGGGCCAAGUAG